CGUUCCAAGGCAAAAUGUUCAGCAUACGCAGUGGGGGCCCGCCUGUGCUGAUGGCUCUGCUGUUGGCCCUGCUGAUGGGCAUGGUUUUGGCCAAGCAGGACACUGCAGCCCGUCAAUUUGGUGGCCAGAAUGGCUUUGGGAAUGGCUUGGGUCCGGGUCUGGGUCCGGGUCUUCCACCCUGGGGACAACCACAGCAGCCUGUCGGCGGUGGCGGCGGCGGCGGGUGUCCGCUCUGUGACUCUUCGGUGUACAGCUACUGCUCCCACAAGAUGGUGCAUGACUCUUGCUGCUGUGAUUUUCCAGCAUCCGCCCCACAGUUGCGACCGCCGCAGUGCUCCUACUACGACUGCUCCCUGCUGUAUGCCAAAUCCUGCUACGAGCAUGCCCUCAUCAAGAACUGCUGCUGCAAUAAUCCCUACUGAACGCCAGCCACCCACCACCCACCACCCCCCCUUAAUUUAUUUAUUCAACAAACUAUUUUACAUGUAUUUAAAUUUACCAUAACCCAUAUACCAUAUACCACAUACCAUACCCCAAGCCAGGGCUUUUAA